GCAGUGAGGAAGCUGUAGGUGGCCCAUCUUGUUGGGCUGGACCCCAGAGUGAAGGAUGGCGAAGAAGCGAGAGCCCGGGCAGGGUGGAGGGCCGUGGGCCAGAAGCCGGGAGGCGCGGCCCGGGCUGAGAUGAAGGCUGUGGCGAGCUGGGCAGAAGCGCCGGGCGGGAAGGACGGGCCCAGGGAGAGCCACACUGGGAGGAUCCCGAGGUCCUGCUGAUGUCACUCGCAGUUGUGAGCGGCCGCCUUUCCCGGGGACAAUGUGGGACUGAGCGGCCCAGCCGCCGCGCCGCCGCUGCCGCCGCCGCAGAACAACCCCAGCGAGAGCCAGCUGAGCCACAGCGUGGACACACUCCCAGGCCGCUGUGGCCCCAGCCCCGCCUGACAGAAUGAGCAGUUCAGAUGCGGGGCUGGAGGAGGAGCCAGAGCUUAGCAUCACCCUCACGCUGCGGAUGUUGAUGCACGGGAAGGAAGUGGGCAGCAUCAUUGGGAAGAAGGGAGAGACUGUAAAGAGAAUCCGGGAGCAGAGCAGCGCCAGGAUAACCAUCUCUGAGGGCUCCUGCCCUGAGCGGAUUACUACCAUCACCGGCUCCACAGCCGCCGUCUUCCACGCCGUCUCCAUGAUUGCCUUCAAGCUGGAUGAGGACCUUUGUGCUGCUCCUGCAAAUGGUGGCAGUGUCUCCAGACCUCCAGUGACCUUGCGCCUGGUCAUCCCUGCCAGCCAGUGUGGAUCACUGAUUGGGAAGGCAGGCACCAAAAUCAAGGAGAUCCGAGAGACUACGGGAGCUCAGGUGCAGGUGGCAGGGGACCUGCUCCCCAAUUCCACCGAGCGUGCUGUCACUGUGUCUGGGGUGCCUGAUGCCAUCAUCCUGUGUGUGCGCCAGAUAUGUGCUGUUAUUCUGGAGUCCCCGCCCAAAGGAGCCACCAUCCCAUAUCAUCCAAGCCUCUCCCUAGGUACUGUCCUGCUCUCCGCCAACCAGGGUUUCUCUGUCCAGGGUCAGUAUGGAGCAGUGGCCCCUGCAGAGGUCACCAAGCUCCAGCAGCUCUCAGGCCACGCCGUUCCCUUUGCCUCAGCCAGUGUGGUGCCAGGACUGGAUCCCAGCACACAGACCAGCUCGCAGGAGUUCCUGGUUCCUAAUGAUCUGAUUGGCUGUGUGAUCGGACGCCAGGGCAGCAAGAUCAGCGAGAUCCGGCAGAUGUCAGGGGCACAUAUUAAGAUUGGGAACCAAGCAGAGGGUGCUGGGGAGCGGCAUGUGACCAUCACUGGCUCACCCGUCUCCAUUGCCCUGGCUCAGUACCUCAUCACUGCCUGUCUAGAGACGGCCAAGUCUACCUCUGGGGGGACACCUGGCUCAGCCCCCGCAGACCUGCCCACCCCUUUCUCGCCACCCCUGACGGCCCUGCCCACAGCUCCCCCAGGCCUGCUGGGCACACCUUAUGCCAUCUCCCUCUCCAACUUCAUCGGCCUCAAGCCUGUGCCCUUCUUGGCUCUACCACCUGCUUCCCCAGGGCCACCGCCGGGCUUGGCGGCCUACACUGCCAAGAUGGCAGCGGCCAAUGGGAGCAAGAAAGCUGAACGGCAGAAAUUCUCCCCCUACUGAGGCCGGCUGAGGCCCAGGCCGGGGCAGGCAGGACCGCCAGCAGGGGCUGCCUCCACGUCCUUCCUGCCCAAGGAGACUCUACCAUGGGGUCUCAAGCGCCAGUAAUGCCAGACGCAUGGAUGCACCCCCUACCCUGCUCCAUCUUUGGAGUUCCUCCUCAGAGAGGGGACAGUUCCUGGCCCUGGGUUCUAGGAGCUAUGGCAGCCCCAGAGCAGGGGCUCCACCCCUUCAGACCUAUGCUUGGAUGCCGGGAAUGGCCAGGGCCUCUCUAGUGCCCUGAGGUGGGAGGCUGCUCAUGCCCUCCAUCCCUUUGGGCCUUUGGCCUACUGCCCCAGUGGGAACUGGAGGAGAGUGAGAGGUGGCUGGGGCCAAGCUUCUCUUCAUCCCCUGCAGAUUCUGCUGCUUCCACUGAUACCCUUUUGACUGGAAUAGACUGGCUGGGCUUGUCAGGGGGCAACCCAAAGAGAGGGCUCUGCCUAUUGCCGGGGGUGUGGCCUGGGGCAGGGGCCCAGGUCUCAGCAGCAGAUUCUCUGUACAGUUUUUUCAAUCCCUGUUUUUGAAUAAAUAUUCUCAGCGACCAGAAA